AUGCGACAGGAACGCUCGCAAGCAUGGGGGAAGACAAAGUUCAAGCCAAAAAGCUUUGCGCCUAGACCUGCACCUGUUGAAGAGGCACCGUUACCUUGGAACCAUGUCAAAAGCACUAUAGUCGAGGACGAAGAGGAUCAACGCAGCGCGGAGCGUUUCAACAUGAACAGCGAGCAGGCAAAGGAGAUGCUAAAGCAACGUGAACAAAAUCACAGACGCAAUGUGAUUGAGGAGAAACGCAACGAGGGCACCAAAUGGGAAAGCUUCGACGAUGAGCAACCAAAGGGAAGGGAUGCAAAGAAAGGCAAGGGGAAGCAUAACCAAACACAGCCAACCUACAUUACACCAAUGCUGAAAAAGUUUAAUGAUAAACGUAAAUUAAAUAAGGCCGACAAAAAGGAAGUGCUAGAGCAGCUGACAUUCGAGGAUCGCAACUUUAUGCGUAAGAAGCUAACACGUGCAGUGUUGCAGAAAAAGGACAAGGGCACACUCACGGCGGCUAUAGCAGAUAUGGCCCGAAAUAAUGUUAUUAAGCCCAUAAAUCCGAAUAAUAAAUUUAGAAAUUGA